GACAAUACAUGAGUGCAUAAAAUACAACAACAUAGAAACAAACAAAAAACUUUAGAUUAAUUAUUUGAAUUAAAAUAUAUGAAAUGUGGUCAGGUUGAUGUUUUUAGAUUAAUCGUUACUAAAACGUUUGGGAUCUUUAAAAAAGGUCUGGACACACAGUAAUAUUUGAGAAUUUUGGGCCAUAGACAGAAAAGAAAAAACCUCAAAAUAAAUAUGUUCCUGUUUUUGUUUUUUAAUCUAAUUUCAAAAAUUUUGAAACUUUUCCAGAAUGUUCCUGACAAUCAGUAUUUUCAAUGAGCUUUGGUAUUUUCGAAUUCGGUACUAUUGAAAUAAUGUACCCGUCAAUAAUUACUCACUUGAUUGAUAUAAAUAGCAUUUAAUCAAUAAAUUUCUUGAAGAUGAUUGAAAGGUUUCAACUACUCAAGUUUGAAAAUGAAGAAUUGAAGCAGCUGUUGCAACCCUUACUAUAACAUUAAUUUGAUGAAAGCAUAUCUGACAUCGAAAAAUACUAUAUAUCCAUUGACUUAUCCCAACUAGAUUUGAUCUAUUCAGAACUAUUAGGACAAACUAUUUUGAUUGUCUUCGUUUGUUCUGGAACAGCAUUACCAACAAUCGUCCCCUUGCUCUUGGCAAACUCACUGUUCGUCGUUCGAACAACACAACUGUGUGGUAACCUAAGUGUGUGAGGACGCUUGCUUAAAGUCACACUGUAAAAUAUACUGAAAGUAUACUAUUGAUCUCAUGAUGGCUAGCAAACGAGGACGCGUGGCUGACACCACUCAAGCCGCUGUAGGGAAAAAGUCCAAAAGGAAGUGUUUUCGUUUGGGUAGCAGGGAGGACUCAUGGCUCCAUCCGGCACACUAUCCAGACCUAGUGCUACACCAGUCCUACCAUCCGAACCCGAGGCUACAUCAUCCGGACCCGAGGCUACAUCAUUUGGACCCGAGGUUCACACAGGGCCUGACGCUGAAUAACUCCUAUCUGCUUGCAAGUUCUCACAAUCAGUCCGCAACCUUACCGCCUCACGUUUUCCCUCCAUAUCUGCCUUCUGAGGAAGGGGAGCCCAUGGACUGGGAAAAUAGCAUCUACACAGAAACCAUGGUGUGGCCCGGCAGCCAGCUGGACCAUGAAGUACCAAUGGAGUGGGACUGAAUGGAAGCUUAGUUUGGCUUCUUAUGUCUCGCAAACUAGUACUGUUUAGCAUGUCCACCGAAAUCGUCAUGUGACCAAGCAGCCAUCUGGACGAGGAGAUUCCUUGGAGUGGGACUGAAUAGCAAAGGAAGGUCACCGUACAGGUCAUACAGGUCUACCAAUAGUGGACCAAGACGGAAGAGCUGGCCAAGAAAGAGAAGCCAAAUAAGAAACGGAGACUUUGAAUUAUAUUCGCGGCCGCGGCCAAUGGGAUCCAAGUGUUACACAGACAGUGUAGACGGGAGCUUGCUUGAUCACGUGGGCCAUUAGUUGAAAGGAAUGUUAGUUUUGCCAACGACGUAGAUAUUGCCGGCCUGACACAGAUAUAUAGCAAAUUGGCAGACAUCUGUGAUAUGGCCCGGCAGGGCUGGCCAAGGCCCGAUAGGCAUGGUUGCUGGAACGAAAAAUAAAGCAUAAGUAUAUAUCAAGAAAUAUUUU